ACAUAGCUUAUUAACCUAGUUACUUGCAGUAGUUACAUGGUGUAGAGGACAACUGUUUCUGGCCGGAUUCUGAAUGCACGUGCGCCCGAGGGUAAACUCCACUGCCGAUUGGACUUGUACUUGUACUGGCGCAGCUCACUCAGGUGGCAGCACUAGAGCGGACGGUGGGUAUUUUUCGCUGAGAGAUAUUGGAGCUGGCUGCAGAUAGUUGAGCGUUCCCCCUAACCCAGCCUAGUCCCUGAAUCCCGUUCCCAACGACGAACCGGUCCGAUUCGUGUAUCACAGCACACCUUGGUCAGGCCUUGAACCCCCUUUUCCUCUUGCUGAGAUGUCGACAACCGCCGCUGCCAUGCCUCCCUUGACGGAGAAGAAGCUCGAGAAGAAGCCUAUCAAGUUCUCCAACUUGUUGCUGGGUGCUGGUCUCAACCUCUUUGAGGUCACGUCCCUGGGCCAACCUCUCGAGGUCGUCAAGACCACCAUGGCUGCGAACCGUGGCGAUAACUUUGUCACGGCCCUGGGACGCAUUUGGAAUCGUGGUGGUGUCUUUGGGUUCUACCAAGGUCUUAUCCCAUGGGCCUGGAUCGAGGCGUCCACCAAGGGCGCUGUCCUCCUCUUCGUCGCGUCCGAGGCCGAAUACUACGCCCGUUCCGCCGGUGCUUCCGAAUUCGGUGGUGGUAUUCUGGGAGGUGUCGCUGGUGGCGUCGCCCAGGCUUAUGCUACCAUGGGUUUCUGUACCUGUAUGAAGACGGUCGAAAUCACCCAGCACAAGUUGGCCGCCACCGGUGUGAAGCCCCAGAGCACCUUUGCCACGUUCAUGGAUAUCUACCGCAAGGAGGGUAUCAAGGGUAUCAACAAGGGUGUCAACGCCGUUGCUAUCCGGCAGAUGACCAACUGGGGUUCCCGAUUCGGUCUGUCUCGUCUGGCCGAGCAGGGUAUCCGUGAUCUUACCAAGAAGAAGGACGGCGAGAAGCUGAGUGCGGUCGAGAAGAUCACCGCCUCUGCUCUGGGUGGUGGUCUGUCCGCCUGGAACCAGCCCAUUGAGGUCAUUCGUGUCGAGAUGCAAAGCAAGAAGGAGGACCCCAACCGUCCCAAGAAGAUGACCGUCGGCAACACCGCCAGGUACAUCUACCAGCAGAACGGUUUCAAGGGCCUGUACCGUGGCGUUGCUCCUCGUAUCGGUCUCAGCGUUUGGCAGACGGUCUGCAUGGUUGCCAUGGGUGACAUGGCCAAGACCUACGUCGAGAAGCUGACCGGCGAGACGGUUACUGCUAAGCAUUAGACGGCGUUUCGGAUAUUAUGUUGCGAUUUGGGAUUUUGUAUCUUGUGUCUUGUUGUCCUUGACAUGGUUGGGACACCCGUCUGCGCCCGGAAUACGUAGAGAUGGGACAAAUCUCAGGGCAUUGAUUGUAGACGUUUUCUCUUUAGCAGGUCACCAAAGUGGUCUCGCUUUUUUCUUUUUUGGACUAUAGACUGAGCCUAUAAGUGCGGAGAAGACUACGCCCGAGGCUUAGCUCGAAAUAUACUCUCCAUAUGGAGCGACCAAAACCG